AUGUCGGACCAGAAGAGCGCAGUCGAUUUCAACCAGAUGAUCCAAGCAGAUCGCGCGAGGCGAAAGAACGAGCAGCUAGCCGCAAACAUCUUCGGCCGCAAUCGCUCGAAGCAGAACGACGGCGGCAAGGUCAACCGGUCCGCCUCCAACAGCCCCAGCCUCGCCAGUCGAAUAGGAAUAGCAAAGCGAACUCCCUCGACGACCUCUAAUUCGAGUCAAGGGAACCCUUUCCGGCCUGCCCUCAAUCGCAAUAGCUCGUCACAGGCUCAACAGCGAGACCGCGCGAACCGCAUAUCCCACGCCCUCGAUGCAUCCAACACAUCCACCUCCCAGCGGCCCACCUCCAAGUCCGGAGGGCUGAGCAUAAAAGGCAAGGCAGGUCCAUGGACAGUGGUCGCCACCAACUUCGCCCCAGGCACCACCGCCGCCGACAUCGAAGCCUCCAUAAGUCACACUGCCGUUGACGACGAUGGUCAACAAGGUCUCAUUUCUUGUCACAUCACCUCGACUCAGCCCGUCGUCACUGCCGAAUUCGUUCUCACCGAGCGCACCAUCGCCGACCGGAUAAUCUCCACCUACAACAAUCAACUAGCAGAUGGCCGCUACCUGAAGCUACAACUCCAAAAACCACAAGCACAGUCAAAAGAGCCCUCACACCCUCCAAAGGCCACACAGCCAAGCCCAUCACCUCGCCACGACACUGAGCUAUACUCUGAAGAUGCUGACAUGCUCUCCCCGGACGAUGUCGCCCCCGGCUCAACUCAAGCCACGGCCGGCAACACCACCGAGCCAUCCCGCUACGACUCUGAUCGUGAAGACGCUGCGGCCUCUAGAGACCGCCGAGACCGUGAGACCCGACGAGACGAUCCUCGUGACGACCAUCACCGCGACGGACCACCUCGUUCACCUCCACGUGACGACCGAGACAUGAGGAGAGGCGGUCCUCCGAGGGAACACGAUCGAGACCGUGACAUGAUGCGGGAUCGUGAGCGGAGAUAUGAUGAUCGAGGCGGUGGCUACGACAGGAGAGGAGGCUAUGAUGACCAUCGAGGCGGGUAUGACAGACGCUACGAUGAUCGGGGUCCACCUUCAGGUCACUUCCGAGGCCGUGGCGGAGACAGAGGAGGCAGUGGGCGAGGCUAUGCCGGCAGCAUAAGCGAGCGCUACGCGAGGGCUAAUGGCGGUGGUGGUAGCUACAGAUGA